CAGGCCAACUAUAAAUAGUCCAGCAGCCUACGCAUGCUCAUGUUUGAUUGGAAAUUGCAGUGCCUUAAGUCAGUGCUGUGGGGUAUCUGGAAGUAAAGGAGGGAAAGAAACUUGUGAAUGAGAACAGGAAAGCCAACAAGUGACAACGCAAACUUUUUUUUUUCCUUGGAGAACUUUUUCUUGUUGAGUAUCUUUUUAUCUGGUGGAAAAUGGGUUCAAGGAGGACAACAACACGCUCGACUUCUUGGAAUGGAAGGUCCAGCAAUGGGGAUGAUACCAGUGGGAGCAGCCGGCCCGGUGGCUGCAGCUACCUCUCUAACUUGAGGCCAGAAAACAGGAGCACACUCUGCAGCGUGAUGGCACAGUUAACAGAGGAAACGCAGCCCUCCUUUGAAACAACCCUCAAGUCAAAAGCUGUGUCGGAGAAUUGCAAUGUGAAGUUCUCAUGUGUGGUUACAGGAUACCCUAUCCCUAAUGUUACUUGGUAUAAGGAUGACAUGCAGUUGGACAGAUACUGUGGACUGCCUAAAUAUGAAAUAUUCCGCAAUGGACAAAACCAUUCCCUGCACAUUUACAAUUGCACUGUGGAGGAUGCAGCCAUAUACCAGGCCUCAGCCAUCAACAGUAAAGGUAUUGUGUCCUGCUCUGGGGUUCUUGAGGUGGGUGAAAUGAACGAGUUCAAGAUCCACCAGCGCUACUUUUCAAAGCUCAAACAAAAGGCUGAGCAUAGGCGCAGGGAAGCGGAAGGAAAAGAAAACCAGGAGCCCCUACGAACCAUCAGUCCAGACCGUACACAGAGGAAACGCCGAUCCACAAUGGAGGCCUUCCUGAGCACGCCAAGCUCCACGGAGGAUGAGGGCAGUGAGGAGAGCCAUCAGGCUGUGACUGUAGAGACUGAGGCCAGGUUGCAGGAGGCCACUGUAAAGGAAGCUGAGGAAAAGCCGGUCAUGAAUGGACAAGUCAUAAGUGAAAAUGAUGGUGGGAUGUACAUAUAUGAUACUGCGCAGAAGAUUUUCACUGCACACCAACCCAAAACUCCCUUUGUGAAGAAGAAGAUUAAAAUUUCUAACAGUGCAAAAGUAUCAAAAGCAGAUACACUGGGAGAGAGGGCGUCUGAGGAAAGAAGGGCAAAAGACGAGACCUCAGCCUCUGUAGCUCUGGCCUGCAUGGAUUCAGCACAAUCUAAGGGUAAUUCAGAAGAGAUCACGGAAGUGGAGAGAAUCGUUAGUGACUCCAGAAAUGUGACAGAACAACGUCAGAAAUCUGCGACAGAGGAAGCAAUGCUUGUUGAAAGGCCUUCAGAGGAUGAAAAAGCUUGUGUUGUGCCUUCACAGGGAGAACAGCUCGCGGUUUCAGCAUCUUGUGCUGCUCUUACAUCUGCAAGUCAUACUGUGUCAGGAACCGAGGCAAAAGAAGCUCCAGAGCGUGAGAAGGAGGCAGGACCCAAAGACACAGAGGAAAAUUUGGAAAUGCAGAAACAAAGUCCUUUCCUCAACCUCAAUGUUACCUCAACACAACUACAGUCAAGUGUUGCAUCAACACUCCUGAGCAUAUUAAAGGAGGACAUUAUUAAAACAGAUAAUGUUGCAGCCAUGGAUAUUGAUAAGAAGUCAGACAGUUUCAAUGGAGGAUCUUUAGAGACACAGAGACACAGAGACUUCACGUCAGUGGAUGCACCGUGUGAAAGCAGGACUACUUUGCCUCAGCAUCCAUGUGAACUGGCUGGAGAUAAGCUGUCUGAGAAGGAAACAAGCCCCUGCCAAAGAAAUGUGUCUGAGUCUCGGCCAGUCCCACUGAGUGAGGUUACACAGGCCCAUACAAAGAUGAACAGGAAUGAUGCACCUGUCAACCUUGAGCUUCAACCCAACCAGAGUACGUCGGAUGCACAACCACCACAAAAGACUCCAUCAGAAAGAGAGACUGUGACAGAUGACAUCCAGACCCCGUCUUUGCUCUAUGGUCUUCAAGCAGCCAUUGACAAAAUGACACAGGACACAUGGGAUCAUUCCAGGGGAUCAAAUGAAAGCCAUACGGUCCUUUUUACAGACCUUCAGAAGUCACCCCUCGAAAGCCCUGGUGGUGGUGAGGACAUCCGAGAGUGUAACGUUUCGCCCACCGCCCUGCAAAGCCGCGUUGAUACAGCUAUAAAAACUGUUGAAGGGACAGAAAUACAAGUUGAUGAGAAGGUAGAGGGUAACGAGGUAGGUAAGUUAUUAGUGCAGGCUGACAGUGUGACCCCAAGUGAGAAGACGGUUGAGAUGGAGACUGAAACUGCCACUCCACAUAUGGUUGAACAAACUAAAACAGAAAAUACCAGAGAUGCAUUGGAUAAAGACGCUCAUGUUGUGGAAGCAUCUAAAGAGAAGAAUGAACCAAUUGCAGAAACAGCAGAGGAAAGUAGUUCAGAAUUGCAGAAUAUAAAGCGAGAUGAAUUUGAGACUGUUAUGCCACACUUAACAAAUAAUCCAGAAAAUACAAACACACUGGAGCAAAUUAUAGGCUUCAAUGAAAUUCCAAAACCUGUAUCUAAAAUCAUAUCAAUCGCUGAACUUAUGAGAUCACAAAUAAAGGCACUUGACCUCACGCUAGCAAAUUCAGUGCCCAACAUACCGGUUCACACUGACGUACAAGAACCAACAACACCUGCCACAGAGACACGUCAGGAAAUAAGAAAUGAUGAAAGAAAAUGUAAACUGGAAGUGAAGAAGUCAACGCCUGACAGGAAAACUAAGACAGUUAUUGAUGAUAGUCCUCCCACAAACAUUAAAACAACACUUAUGGAGGUGUAUCAUCAAUUACAUAACACUGAUCAAGAACAAAUUCAGACUCAAGGUACAACUUCACCACCUGCUCAGGCUUCACAGAAACCUCCUGUUAUAGAGACCACAGGAGUUCAUGGCAGUGCCAAAAAAUAUACUGAAGGUGUUAUGGACACUGGCCAGGAAACUGAAGCACCAAUUCUGGUUGCUUGGACAGAUUUCCCUGUUGUUUCGCUCACUGAGGGUAAAAAUGUCAAACACAAAUUUCUUCCUUCAACUCCUCAGGAUGAACUGACCAACAGACCUAUAUCAGUUUCAAACCUAUCUGGAACUGUCAGUCAAGGAUCUGGGACCCCUAUCAAGGCCAGUAGUCAGGAGUCAAAUGUUACUAUUUUGGAGCAUGCCCAAGAUGAACCCAUUCAAGCCAAAGACACGGAAUCGAUGCAAAAGUUAACUCCAGAAAUUAAACUCAAUGGCAAAACUGAAAAGGUGAUUACUGAAAUGAUUUCCACAACACUUUUAGAUCAAUGCAAAAUGGAAGAACAUAACAUAAACACCAGUUCUCUGCAAAAGAGAGUGCCAAAAUUUCCUACUCACAGUGUAUUUAGCACAGAUAUGCAAGAGAAUAAUCUUCACUUUCAUCAGCAGGACAGCUCUAUGGUUGAGGAACCUUCAAGGAGUGACUCCUUAACCAGUCCAACUCUUGAGACAAGUCCGUUGUUAAGGAGAAGAACUUGUGUUUCACCUAUUCCCUCUGCUACUCCACAAGAGCUGGCCUCUGGGGCCCGCCGCAAAAUCCUAACACCCAAGGCCAAACCCGAAGAGGCCGCAGAGAUCACAUCACCUGUUGAUAACCAAGGGCAGAAAAAGGAGGUUUCUGUCCAGAGCAGCAAGCUUUCCAUAAGUCCUGUGACUCCCUCUGUGUCUCCAAACCUGUCUCGGCGGUCACCUCUUUUUCAGCUGGCUGGUGAGCAAACCUCUCCUGUAGAAAAGUGCUCUCCGCUCUUGAGCAGGAGAAAGGUGGCAACACCAAGCCAGCAGCCCACUGAAGAGAUCCACACACCGAAAACUGAGGGAAAACCUACAGAGAAAGACAAGCACAACCCAUUCAAAGCUCCUCAAGUUAUUCGCAAGAUCAGGGGGGAAACCUUCGCAGAUGGCUCAGGACACUUGAAACUGUGGUGCCAGUUCUUCAAUGUUCUUAGUGACUCUACAAUCAAAUGGUACAAAAACGAAGAGGAGAUUGCUCAGAUUAAAAGAAAUGCAGGGGAUGAAACUCAGGUCAAUCUUGCCAUUGUCCAAGCAUCAUGCAGAGACUCUGGUGUUUAUGGAUGCUCUAUCACAAAUGAAUAUGGGACAGACUCAACAGACACACUACUUAGUUCAGAUAUCUUAGCAGGAAUGUCCCUACGUGAGGAUCUUGGUGUUGGAGAAGAAAUUGAAAUGACACCCCUGAUAUUCAACAAGGGUGUGGCUGAUUCUGGAGUCUGGGGCAACAAAUUAUUUGGCCGUAUAGUGAUGCAGGAAUCUCAUAUUGGUGAUGGCUGUUCUCAUAAAGUCUGGAGGGCAAAAGUCAUCUAUGGUCUGGAGCCUGUGUUUGAGUCUGGUAACACAUGUAUCAUUAAAGUACGCAACCCUAUCGCCUAUGGAGGCAAAGAAGAAAGCUGCCUCAUAGAAAGAAACCUGGACAUCGCCAAGCAGGAAUGUAAAAUUCAGAACUUAGCUCGUGAAUACUGCAAAAUCUUCUCCGCAGAGGCAAGAGUGAUUGAAAACUUUGGCCCCUGUCUUGAGGUGCUUCCAGUCUACCUGAUGUACCGACCAGCAAACACUGUCCCUUAUGCCACAGUGGAAGCUGAUCUGACAGGAGUGUAUCAGAAAUACUGUGUCCUGGAUCAGACAGGCAGACUAGACAUGAAGACUGGCUCUAACAUUGAGCAGAAAUGCUGUGCCCUGCAGCACUGGAUUUUUCAGUGGACCAAUGGCAAUCUGCUUCUCACUCGGCUAGAGGGUGUUGACACGAAGAUCACCAAUGUUGGGAUUUCAGUCAAAUCAACGGGGCAUCAAGGUCUAUCUGUUGAAGGGAAUCCCAAAGUUUUUGAGCAGUUUGUUUCCCAGCACCAGUGUAACUACUUCUGUGGUCUACUUGGCCUGAGGUCACUUAAGGUCAUGGAGUCUUUGUUGACGCCAACAAAGCCCAAGGCCUCCAGGAGCCCAUUACUUCAACGCAAGAUGGCUGCUGGUUCCUCUAGCCCUCAGACUGGCCGGAAAGCUGCUAGCAGCCCCAGGCUGCCAAGAAAGGCUGAGCAAGAAGGCAGAAAUACACCUACUAAACAAAAAGCUGCUGAUGCCCCCAAAGUUGUUAAGAUGACAUAGAAUGAAAAUCUCUUAGAGAUCACAGAUAUUCAGAGAAAGCCAAGGAAGAGCUGGAAGGGAAGAUAGAAAGCUCAUGACAUUUCAGAUGUAUAAAACCUGUCUCAGAUCAGGGAAGGAGAUUAAUAAAUAAUAUGACUUAAUUUAACAGCCACCAUUCCUUACGAUGAUCACUUAUUGUGGACUGAUGCCCUCACAUGUUGUGGUGAAUCUCUGUGGUGUCUUGCAUUAAUGUUGAAAUCCUGGGGCUAAAGCUGUUGUGUAAUAAGAAUUAGUGUUUUUCCUGGGUUUGUAUUCUAUCAAUCCAUGUACCAUUGGUCACAGAUUGUGGAUGCCUAUCUCAGGUGAGUAUAUUUGUACUAUGUGAUGACAUGAAAUAUUUUGGACUGAAGUGGCAUUAUAUGUUGUCUACUGUAUGUGUAAUUUUCAAUGUAAGAGCACAAAUUCUAGUCUUUUGUAGACGCCCUUGUCAAUUCAAGAAAAAACCUAACUGGGAUUUACAGUAAUCCUGGUAGAAAACAGACUUUUCAUUUUUUUUCAUGUAUCAACCCAAAUGUAGAUUCACGUCACACUGUUGUACAGUGGCUAAUGGUGCUGUGCUUUUAUAUUGUAAUCGUCAUGUUUACUUGCUAUUCUAUAUUGCACUGCAUUUUUAGAAAUUGCACAUUUGAAUGCAACUGGCUGUAAAAUAAAAGAUAUAAUUACGCCUUGUACAU